AAACUGUUUAUAAGCAGUUUAUCAAGGAUAAUCAAUGCAGCGAAAUGUUACUGAAUACUCCAGAAAGACCUCCUCGUUCUCAACGGUAUGUGGAGGAAGCAUUCGAUCAGAUCAGUACAAGGAAAAACAUUCGAGAUAUAGUAAUCCUCAACGAUCUGGGGCAUCCGGUGAAGAGUACUAUGGGGCACGAUGACUCCGUUCAGUUUGCUGGACUCUUUCAGGCAAUACGUUGCCGACUGGAGCGAGGAAUGAAGCAAAUUGAUCCCACGGAUGAACUUUUAAUGCUGAGAGUGCGUACAAGGACCAACGAGGUGCUGCUAACGCCCGACUCCAAAAUCACACUUAUUGUCGUACAAAACGCUCAGGAUCAUUUUCAAAAUUAAUUGAUUCUAAAAUAAAAUUAAAUUGUACCUGCCACUAUACCAA